AUGGACGUGGACGUGGACUUGGACGUGGACGUGGACGUGGACUUGGACGUGGUCGUGGACGUGGACGUGGACGUGGUCGUGGACGUGGACGUGGACGUUGGUGUGGACGUGGACGUGGACGUGGACCUGGUCGUGGACGUGGACGUAGACGUGGACGUGGACGUGGACCUGGACCUGGACGUGGACGUGGACCUGGACGCGGACGUGGACGUGGUCGUGGAUGCGGACGCGGACGUGGACGUGGACGUGGACGCGGACACGUGA